GGGCAAAAAUUGUGUCCUAAGGCGAUGGAAAACUACGUGGCAUCGAUGGUGCUGAGCGCAGUUGGUGACACGCUGGGCUAUUACAACGGGAAAUGGGAAUUCCUACAGAGUGGCCUGGCCAUCCACAAGGAGCUGGCGGAGAUGGGGGGACUUGGCAACCUCAGCAUCCAAGGUUGGAAAGUCAGCGAUGAUACGGUGAUGCACUUGGCCACGGCUGAAGCCCUGGUAGCUGCCGGGAAAACCCCAAAUUUAGAGCACCUCUAUUCCCUGAUUGCAAAGAACUACAAGGAGUGCAUGAAUUACAUGAAAUGCAGAGCUCCAGGUGCCACGUGUAUGGAAAAUGCGCUGAAGCUGGAUCCGGGGCGGCCGGACAGCUGGAGGGCCCCGUUCAGCCCCAGGGGGGGAGGCUGCGGGGCUGCCAUGCGCUCUAUGUGCAUCGGGCUGCGUUUCCGCCUCCCCACUGAGCUGGACACCCUGGUGCAAGUCAGCAUCGAGAGUGGCCGAAUGACCCACCACCAUCCCACUGGCUACCUGGGGUCCCUGGCUUCAGCCCUCUUCACGGCUUUUGCAGUGAAUGGUGUCCCCCCCCCAGCCUGGGGGAAGAAGCUGCUGGAUGUGCUGCCACAGGCAAAAGCCUACGUGCGGGACACCGGCUUCUUCGUGGAGGAGAACAUGGAGCAAUGGCAUUACUUUGAAGAGCAAUGGGAAAAAUACCUGGCGGAGAGAGGCAUAUCAGAUGGGGUCUCGCAGCCCACCUUCCCCCCUAAGUACGGCGUGGAAGAGAGAGACUCGUUCUACACCUCCCUGAGCUAUGACGGCUGGGGAGGCAGCAGUGGGCACGACGCCCCCAUGAUCGCUUACGAUGCGCUGCUGGGCGCGGGCGACUCCUGGGCAGAGCUGGCUCACCGGGCUUUCUUCCACGGGGGCGACAGUGACUCCACUGGCACCAUUGCGGCCUGCUGGUGGGGGGCCAUGCACGGCUUCCGGGGGGUCAACACCUCCCUCUAUGCCCACCUGGAGUACAGGGACCGCCUGGAGCAGGUGGCCAAGGACUUGUACAGCAUCGCCUAG